UUUUUUUUUUUACUAAACCUUCUUCUUCCCUGCGGGUGCCUUAAGUUCCCUUGACUUAUUUAUACCUAGUUUCAGAUCGUCAUGGGGGCCUAUAAGUAUAUUGAAGAACUUUACAAGAAGAAGCAAUGCGACGUUUUGCGCUUUUUAUUCAGAAUUAGAGCUUGGCAAUUCCGACAGUUGUCUGCCAUUCAUCGAGCUUCUCGACCUACUCGCCCUGAUAAGGCACGCAGGCUUGGCUAUAAAGCUAAGCAGGGAUUUGUGAUCUACAGAGUCCGUGUUCGACGUGGUGGCCGAAAGCGCCCUGUACGGAAAGGAUGUACUUUUGGAAAACCAACUAACAUGGGAGUAAACCAGCUUAAAUGGCAGCGAUCACUCCAAUCAUUAGCAGAAACGCGUGCGGGCUCUGCCUGUGGAAAUUUACGCGUUCUCAAUUCCUACUGGGUUGUUCAAGAUUCGACAUAUAAAUUUUUUGAAGUGAUUAUGGUUGAUCCCAGCCAUAAAGCCAUUCGGCGCGAUCCUCGCAUGAACUGGAUUUGCGCUCCAGUCCACAAACAUCGGGAGCACCGCGGCUUGACUUCCGCAGGAAAAAAGAAUAGAGGAAAAGUCGGAAGAGGACAUUUGUUUAACAAUACAAAAGGAUCCGGCAGAAGAGCCACGUGGAAGCGCCAUAAUACACUUUCCCUUCGUCGUUAUCGAUAGCUUGCAGAUUUUUU